AUGACGGUUUACAAGAAGAACAAAAUUCUGACGACGAGGGCCAAAAUUAUAGAGAUACAGAGAAGGAUCAAAGCCAGCGACCCAAACCUUCACCCCACUAUAUGGCCCCUGAAGUACUCAGUGGGGGUCCUCAUUCUAAAGAAAGUGACCUGUGGUCAUUUGGGUGCGUGUUGUAUGAAUUGUUUUCUGGAGAAAAACCUUUUGUUGCAGAUUCUUUUGCAGAACUUGUCACAUAAAAUUUUUCAUCAAAAUGUCCCUCAUCUGAGAUUAGACAUGGAAGGUGCAAAAAAUGGAGCAUUACAUGACCUUGACAAUGUAAUAAAAAGACUGUUAGAGAAAGAUCCUACACAGCGUUUAGACUGGAAAGAUCUGAUAGUACACAGCUUUUGGCAAGGUGAAUUAGAAAAUCAGCUUAAAUCUGCUGAUGAAAUCAAAGAGGAAACAGAAACUGAAGAUCAGCAAGAAUUAAAUGAUGAAGGAAAGAGUGAAGAUUUACACUGUGGAAAUGUUGGAGAAGAGAAAGAACAUGUCAAAACAAAGAGUGAUCAAUUACAUCUGCCAGCACAGAUCGUCAGGCAGGGAACAUAUACCUUCAGCAGCAGGCCACAUACGGCUGAUCCUGCUUCAGAGUAGUAGGAAGUAGUAAGGAAAAUGAAUCUCUAGGCAAAACCCAUACAGUGGUCAGAAGAAAAACAUUAGAUGAUCAAGAUGAGAGUGAGUCCAACUCAACUAAAAAUGCAAAAAGAGAUUCAACAAAUGUAGUUUUUGGAACUUCAGAAUCAAAGAACAAUAAGUCAAACCUGGUGAAACAAAAUCAAACGUUCAAAAAAUCUGACUUCAAUAAGCUGAAACAGAAUGUACUUAAUCAAAGUGAAGCUCAGGAAUCUACAAGUCCAGUACUUCAGGAUCAGCAGGUUAAAGACAACAGAAGUCCAACUCAUAACAAAAUUUCAAAUUUAGUGAGUCAUCCAUCAGAUUUUAUUGUGACACCAAUUGCUGAUAACCCUCGCAUAAAGAAAUUUUCCCUUCCCAAAUGGGAUUCAAAGGCACUACCUUGUCAACCUCUAAAACCAGGAGAGCUUGUGGACCUUCCAAGAGAAAAAUUUGGGGAGCAUUUAAUGUCCAUUAGCAGUUUGUUGAGUCAAAAUGACAGGGCAAAUGCUGGCCCUGUUGCCUCCCUUCACCGAAGCAAAUUACACACAACGUCUUAUUUGGCAUCACUGUGCCGAGAUGGAGAGAUUUUUAAUGAAGUCUUUGAUUCAGAUUUUAUACCAGUGAUGCUGAGACAGAUCAAGUCUGGUUUUUCAGCCGAUUUCAAAUCAAGACUUGGUAAGUGUCACGAAUAUGUGCUACCCAUACCCCAUUUUGAGUAUGAUAGUAUGUUUCUAGGGUCUGUAAACUCUGCCAAGUAUAUUCCUGGGCCCAGUUGUUCAAAGGCCAAUUGGGGCAAAGCCAAGGUUAAAUUUUCAUUCAGCUUUCUUUUAUACCUUUGUUCAAAAGCCUUUUCGGGAUACUUUUCUGUAUUCUUUUUAAAGCACCUAAUACUGUAAUGAAAGUUUAGACAAAAAGAGUUGUAUUGAAUUUUCUUUGAAAACCUCCAGAUCUGAAUUAAGAUCUAACAUUAACCCAGGAUUGUCUGCCUAGCUUUGAGCAACCUGCCCUGGCCAUCAGCUAAUAGAAGCAUACAGUUGUUAGUUUUCUGCAUAACAGAGAUUAAAAGUUUUAGUCUAUGUACCCAAUGCUAAGUGGUUUAUUGAAGCAUUACUUAACCCCAGUUUCAAUAGCAUCUGAUGAAUAAACCCCUACACUCCCAAGAGUGAUCAAUACUUGAUUUCUCCUCAGAAUUGUAGUACAAUGUCAAACAGACUGGUAGAGAGAUAAGGAAAAUUUCUAGCCAGUGGAUAUUGUUUGCGUUCACACCAAAUUCCUAGGAUUUGCACUAAAUGCAGGGGUCUCCAUGAAAGCUGGUUACUGGCUGUGUCUUCCUUAGCCUGUAAGCCCACCUACUGCGGUCUGUUUAGCUUGCAAGCAGGCUCUCAUGCCUGCAUUUUGCUUUUGGGGCCUUUGUAGGGCACUGGUACCUAUUAAAUCAUUGGCAGCCAUUUAUGGAAAAAGUUAUCAAAACUCCUAAAAUGAUGAAUUGAUUAUUUUUUUAAUUGUUAUUUGAAAGGAUAUGCUCUCAGUCUUUUAGCUGGUAAUGCUACAAUGAUUUCUGAGGACUUCAACAUGACAGAAGUGUUCACAGUAUUAACAGAGGUGAUCAGAGACAACUUCGGAAUGCCAAGCUCAAGCAACAUCUUUUGCCUGCCCUGGGCGAGUUUCUGUUUUAUGCUGCGACUCAGGAGGAAAAUUUAG